CCGUAAUCCCGUGCUUUUCUGCUCGCCGUCAACGCGACAAUAUCUUGAUCUCCCGACCGACUUCAAUUUUCUAAUUUUUUUUUUCUUCCCUCGUCCCCAAGCCUCGCGCGACUUCCUCCUUCGGCUCUUCGUCCAUACAGCCAACCGAUUCCUCCGCCACAGAUCAAUUGCCUCCAAUUGGCCUGUCCCUGAUAUCUAAAUCACCUCAACCGUCAAGAUGGGUUUCGUUGAAGAUGAGCUCAAGCAGCUGAAGUCUGUCAUCAGCAGCCUCGAUGCCCGUGUCAAGCAGCUCGAGCACCGUGCUACUGGUGCCGCAGGCCCCGUCACUACUGAUGAGAUCCGCAUGAUCCUCAUUGGUCCUCCCGGAGCUGGCAAGGGCACCCAGGCCCCCAAGAUCAAGGAGCGCUUCUCCUGCUGCCACCUUGCUACGGGUGACAUGCUGCGCUCUCAGAUUGCCAAGAAGACUGACCUCGGUCGCGAGGCCAAGAAGAUCAUGGACCAGGGCGGCCUUGUCAGCGAUGAGAUUGUCAUUGGCAUGAUCAAGGCUGAACUUGAGACCAACAAGGAGUGCCAGGGCGGUUUCAUCCUUGAUGGCUUCCCCCGAACCGUUCCCCAAGCCGAAGGCCUCGAUGCCAUGCUCAAGGAGCGCAAGCAGACUCUCCAGCACGUCGUUGAGUUGCAAAUCGAUGACGCUCUCCUUGUUGAGCGUAUUACCGGCCGUCUCGUCCACCCUGCCUCGGGCCGAUCCUACCACACAACAUUCAACCCCCCUAAGAAGCCCAUGACCGACGAUGUCACCGGCGAGCCUCUUAUCCAGCGCAGCGAUGACAACGCUGAGGCCCUCAAGAAGCGCCUGGUUACCUACCACAAGCAAACUAGCCCCGUCGUUGGCUACUACCAGAAGACCGGUCUCUGGAAGGGUAUUGACGCCAGCCAACAGCCUGGUCAGGUCUGGAAGCACAUGCUCAACAUCAUCGAGGGCAAGAACUAA